AUGCAAGAGAAGAAAACCCAAUCUAACUGCAUAGUAGUCUCACCUUGGAUCUCUCACAAUCAUGGCAACCGGUUGGAGAAGAGCCUUUUGCACCAGCGACCCAGAAUCCACAAUGCACUCCAAACACACAACCCAAACCCCCACUCCUUCGCCCUCGCCCUCGCCCUCGCCCGGAACCAGCGUCAGAUUCGGCUUCCUGUCCUUACAAGUAAUUGCGGAAUCUGUUCGAAUAGAGUGAAAACGGGACAGGGAACGGCCGUUUACACUGCAGAGUGCGGUCACGCGUUUCAUUUCUCUUGCGUCGUUUGCCAUGCACGCACCCACGUUUGCCCCGUCUGUGAUGCCACGUGGAACGACGUCCCGUUCCAACAAAACCACGCCCUCGUUCCCACCGUCCCAAUUGAAAAACAGAAACAACCUCAUUAUUCUGAUUCGGUAACUUCCUACGACGACGACGAGCCUCUUCCUUCUUCUCUGACGUCCUCCACGCAAAUCGUUCCAAUCCCCGAAGCCGACGAGAACACCGAAGAAGAUGAAGAAGAAAAUCACGACGUAAUGGAGUUCCCUGGCUUUUUCGUCCAUCCAAAUCCUCAAUCGUCGUUACGACAACACAACGCUGAGUCAAAAACGGUUCGAGUGAAGCUCAUGUCGGAGUGCGCGGUCAUAUCAGUUUCUCAAAGCGUCGAAACUCGUGCUUUGGUUCUACGAGUCAAGGCUCCUCCCCCGUCGCCGCUGCCGCGGCGACUGCUACCAAUGGAUCUCGUGGCGGUGCUUGACGUUAGCAACGGCAUGAACGGCGCUAAGCUUCACAUGUUAAAGCGCGCGAUGCGAUUGGUUGUAUCCUCUCUCGGCGCGGCUGACCGGCUCGCCGUCGUGGCCUUCUCGGCUGAUUCCAAACGGUUGUUACCUCUGCGCAGAAUGACGGCUCAGGGACAGCGCGCGGCUCGGCGCAUGGUGGAUCGGCUCAUCUGUGGUCAAGGAAACAGCGUUGUUCGUGAAGUGGCGAUGAAGAAGGCCUCGAAGGUUCUCGAAGAUCGUAGAGAGAGAAACCCUCUCGCGAGGAUCUUGCUUCUAUCGGACGGUCACGACAACAACACGAACAAAAAUCAACGGAGAUGCUUGAGCCGCGUGUCGUCCACCCGGUUCGACUUUGUCGAAGUUCCGGUUCAUUCGUUUGGGUUCGAGAUGAAAAAGACCGGUUUAACACACCAACGGUUAGAUGAUGAGUUUACACAAUACGUUAACAGAACAUUAAGUGUGACGGUGCAGGAUUUGAGAAUUCAGCUUGGCUUCUCGGCGCCCGCUGAAAUACGAGCCGUUUAUUCAUGCAGUGGGGGACCCACUGCACUGAGCGCCAACGCGGCUCGGCUUGGUGAUUUAUACGGCGAAGAAGAGAAGGAGUUGUUGGUGGAGGUUCGAGUACCCACGUCAGCGUUCGGGACCCACCACGUGAUGACAGUGCGGUGUUUCAACAAAGACCCAGCAUCUCAAAAAUUCGUGUACGGUGCGCAACACGCGUUUACGGUGGUGCCGCCUAAGAGUUUUUCACUCUGUGGCGGUAGGGUUGAGCGGCUGAGAAAUGUGUUUAUAACGAGCCGAGCCGUAGCCGAGUCCCGGAGGCUGGCGAAGCAUAACGAGUUUUUGAGCGCUCAUCAUUUACUUUCUUCUGCACGCGCGCUUUUGGCGCAGUUCGGCUCGGCUGAGGAGUACGUACGCAGCUUGGAUGCCGAACUUGGGGAGCUUCAAUGGCGGAGGCAGCACCGGGAGACGGUGGGGACGGGGAGGAGGAGUGAACGUGAGGUGAGGUUGGUGAAUGAUUGCGGCGAAGCGUGGACGCCAACAUCAGCUUGGAGAGCCGCUGAGAAGCUGGCUAAAAUGGCUAGGAUGAAGAAGUCGUUGAAUAAAGUUAGCGACUUGCACGGCUUCGAGAAUGCUAGGUUUUGA